UUGGCUACAAAAACGAGCUACCAAGAAACCUUUUUUUUUCAAAGUCUCCAUUAUCCAAACAAUUGUAGCGCAAAAUGGAACUGUCAGCCACCAAUUCUUUUUCAAACGUAUAAUACCAAAAUACUAUUCAGAAUCCAGGUGCCAAGAACAACGCCUUCAACCUUCAGAUUUCAAUCGUACCAGGAGACAAAUCCGCCUCAGUCUGUUCAAUACCUUCAAGUAGGAAGCAUCCAGGAGCACACACCAGCUAUCAAGUAUCAAACACAUUCAGAGGACUUGUCGUCACACUUAACACCUGCAAACCCCAAGAAUUUUGAGAUAUAUCCGUAUAUCUCACAAAUUGAUACAGCAGCUCCGGCAAGCUAUCGAUCGUAUCCAACCGACAACAGAUAUUCAACAAAUAAACCUGAUUCAGUCAUAUCGAACAACAAUCCUCAGCAACCUUUGCUUCUAAGUGAAUAUAAUAACGGGCUGCCCAGUAACCCAACAAAGAAACGAUUUAAUUCAAUGUUCCAAUCGGAUAUGAAAUCAUCGAUACCAGACAUUGAUGAACAACAACAGCAGAUGGAACUAUACGACGAUUAUGACGGCGAUACAAAUACAAAGGUAAUAAAAAAAAAUUUUUUUUCACGGGAAAAGCUAAGAUAUACCGCAUUGCAGAAUAUAGUUGAAAAUGAUUCGGAAUCUUCUAAACGUGCAAUUCAAGAAGCCGCCGAAAAAGCAUUUGGUAAAUAUUAUAAUGUUGUUUGUGGAGCCGGAUUUUUUAGCUAUAUCGCUCAUACCGAUGAAUAUUGUUUGGUAUCUAUACUUGGUAUUAACUGCUAUGCAUUUUCGCCAGUAUGUAAUAAUCAUUUUAUUAAUUUUAAAAAGUCAAAAUUGUUUAGCACUUCCAAGAAUGAUUGA